CCGGCUUGGCCUGCUGGCAUUAGUCAUCCCAAUGUCCCACCUGUUGGAGCCUCAUUUGGAAAGUUCAGCAUGUAAACGCCUGAACAACAGGACUGGGGGGGAAAUAAGCUGGAAAGACUCGCAUGAGGCUUUGGAGCAGCGAGGGAGACCUGCGACGGCAGAGAGUGACAGAGAAGAAGUGGACUUCAACUUUAACGUUGCCAUCUACCAGACCUGUCCCUCAGUAUCAGGAAAGCUCAGCCGGCAAACACCACCAUGGCUCAUUACGACUCUAUGACAUUUGCCAUCGAUGAUGACAGGUCAGAUGACAAGGACUCUGUGGAUUUUCAUGACAACCCGCCGCUCCCCGAUAACGUGGUGAAAGAGGAGGACAACACGGUCUAUUUCAUCUAUGACGAGGAGGUGGAAGAAGAAGAGAAGGAUGAGCCUCCUCCACCGGAACCGGUCAAACCGGUCAACGACAGGCCGCACAAGUUCAAGGACCACUACUGCAAGAAACCCAAGUUCUGUGACGUCUGCGCGCGCAUGAUUGUUUUAAACAAUAAGUUUGCGUUGCGAUGUAAGAACUGCAAAACCAGCAUCCACCACCAGUGUCAGUCGUACGUGGAGUUCCAGAGGUGUUUCGGCAAAAUCCCUCCAGGUUUCAGAAGAGCCUACAGUUCUCCUCUUUACAGCAGUCAGCAGAAUGCCACGGUCUCACAGCUACUGCCCUUUUCACAGUCAAACCGCACCGACCCUGUGUUUGAGACGCUGCGAAUCGGCGUGAUCAUGGCCAACAAGGAGCGUAAGAAAGGCUCGGAGGACAAGAAGAAUAUGAUGAUGAUGAUGAUGGAGGAAGACGAGUCGCAGCCCAAGCCGGAGGAUGAAGGAGGUGAAGGAGCAAACACAGAUGGAGACAAAAAAGGGGACAAAGCUCCUGCCGAUGAAAAGAGUAAAAAGCUUCAGCCGGGGAAGAUCGGUGUGUUCAGUCAGUCCCACUACUACCUGGCUCUCUACCGCUUCAAGGCCAUAGAGAAAGAUGAUCUGGACGUGCAUGCUGGUGACCGUAUCACAGUGAUAGAUGAUUCCAAUGAGGAAUGGUGGAGGGGGAAGAUCGGAGAGAGGACGGGGUUCAUCCCGGCCAACUACAUCAUCCGAGUGCGGGCGGGAGAGAGGGUCUAUAAGGUGACUCGCUCCUUUGUUGGUAACAGAGAGAUGGGCCAAAUCACUCUGAAGAAAGACCAGAUCGUGGUGAAGAAGGGCGAGGAGGUGAACGGUUACCUGAAGGUUAGCACAGGACGGAAGCUCGGCUUCUUCCCCUCCAACCUGCUGCAGGAGAUCUGAAGAGGAGCAACAUACCUCUGUGUUUCAUCACCUGCUGUAGCUGAAGUUCUCGACCGACUUUUGUCGAGCACGUGUCGACAUUUUUACUUGGUCGCGUUCUUCCUGCAUCACUCCACAUAACCUUCAACGUGCCUAUAAUCAGCUGAGCUGCAAAGAUGACUGGUGCAUAAACUAAAAAGUCAUGCGUGUCACCUUAGUUUAAUAAAAAUAUGCAGACAUUUUUUUUCUGUCAUACUGAACUACACUGUGCACAGUUUUCCCUCUCUAACCGCGUUACGAAUAAUACGAAUUUCAUUUUGUAUCUCUAAUCCCACCAGAUCACUGUGACUUAGAUUUAGUGUCUUUUUAAUAUCACAGAUUGUUCUACCUGUUGUAUUGAACUUUGGUGGACUCUAUAUGAGCGUGUACUCGUGAGUCAAUUUAAAUCAAACGAAAAAAAGUGUCACAUCUCUCUGAAAAGGAUUUUACUGUAAAACUCUCUCGUAUCUUGAAGCAUGUGUUUUGUUGUUUCUACUGGGUGUCAAUGAUGGCUUCCAUGAGAAAUAUAACCACUCAUUAGCAGACGUGAUCUACUGUAAAUGUGAUGACGAUUAGCAUAUUAAUUAAAGCAAUGACAUGUAGACCUUU